ACCCCUUCGCCCUCUCCUCAUCGCCGCCUCCCGCGCCGAAACCCUCCCGCCGCCACUCCUCUCUCUCUCUCUCUCUCCCAAAACACCCUUCGCCACCAUGCGGCCCCCGAGAGGCGGCGGCGGUUUCCGCGGGCGCGGCGGGGACCGGGGAGGCCGAGGCGGCCGCUUCGGCGGCGGCGGCGGCGGCAGGGGUGGCCGCUUCGGCGGAGGCGGUGGCGGGUUCCGCGACGAGGGCCCUCCCUCCGAGGUCGUCGAGGUGUCGACGUUCCUGCACGCGUGCGAGGGGGACGCGGUGACGAAGCUGACGAACGAGAAGGUGCCCUACUUCAACGCGCCCAUCUACCUCCAGAACAAGACCCAGAUCGGCAAGGUCGACGAGAUCUUCGGCCCCAUCAAUGAAUCAUAUUUCUCGGUCAAGAUGUUUGAAGGGGUCAUUGCAACAUCUUACAAAGAAGGUGACAAGUUCUUCAUUGACCCCAUGAAGCUGCUGCCUCUCUCACGCUUCCUGCCUCAGCCAAAGGGCUCGACUCAAGGAGGUCCUCGAGGUGGUGGUCGCGGUGGAAGAGGUGGUGCUCGUGGCGGCCGUGGUGGAUUCCGUGGUGGAAGAGGGGCACCAAGGGGUCGUGGUGGACCUCCCAGGGGUGGAGGACGUGGUGGAUUCAGAGGACGAGGCAGAUACUAGGGCCUUUUUAUUAGUUUGAUGUUUGUUUAAACAUCAUGGAAACUUGUGUUCUUGUAACCUAUGUCAAGUUAGCUACUGGCACUCUACAGUUUCUAUGUGGAAGUCGAAUUCUCUGUCAGGACAAAGUCUUUCAGUCUUUGUAUCUCUUGCUAAGUUAUGCAUUCAUGGUUAGUUCAUUUCCAGUUGAACCUUGUAUGGAAGUGGCGUAUUUCAUAAAUGAAAUGAUUAAAAUACCAUACUUUAAUUA